AUUUAAAUAUAUAUGUAUAAAUGACAAUGAAUUGAUUAUACAAUCAUUGAAUCAUCAAUCAAUAUGAUUAUAAUAAAAUGAAAUAUCAAUAAAAUGAUUGCUCUUCUAUUUUUAAACGAUAUCUAUAUAAUAAUUAAAUUCUAAGAAACACGUAAUAAUAUCAGAUGCAGUUAACGCGGUCAUUAUAAUAGGAAUAUUUAACGUAACAAUAAAUUAAAAGUAACAAUAAAUUAAAUGAACAUAUCUUGAUGAUUAAACAAUAAAAUGGUAGUAUAGAACUGAUCUAAUAAAACUAUACAUUUUCUGAAAUAAAAUAUUAAAAUAAUAUUAAAAAGAAAAUAUCAGUUCUUAAUUUCAGAAAAAAAAGAGAAGAAAAAAAAUCGUAAGAUAGUAAGUUUAUUCCUAUCUGUGUUUCAAUUAUACAUAUAUAGAUUAAUUAUAAAAUUUUAAUAUAUAAUUAAUAGUAUUAAAUAAGAUGUUAUAUACUUUAAGCAUGUCAUAUUAUUGAUUAAUUUAAAAUUAUAAAGUAUUUUUUUAUUCCAUUUUUCAAAAUGUUUUUAAUUCUCCAGGAACAAGUAUGUAAGUAAACUUUUCUCAAUUUAAUGGUAUGAAGUUGCCAACAAAGAAAACUAAUAGUCAAAUGUUCAAUAUAUUUUAAAAUAGUUUUUUCCUUUUUAUGAACUUUUAAUGACAGAUUUUUAAUAUUAAUUUUUUAUAAGAAUUAAUAACGUGUCCAAAUAUAUUAUUUAUUAAAUUUGUAUAAUGAUAAAUCGAGGAAAUAAUAACAAUUAUGUGUCAAGCUUUUAAUAUUAUGCAAGAUAAUACUGAGAUGCAAAAUCAUGGACAUUUUCGUUGGUUAUACAAGGUUCGUUAAUAAACUUAAGUUAUUAUUUGUAAUUCUAAUUACUAUAUUCCAAAAUGAUAUUAAUUAUAAUAUCAAUAAUAUAAUACAUGUAGUUAAAUAAUUAAGUGAAAAGAAUAAAAUCAUAUAGAAAUAGAAAAAAAAAAUAAUGAAAAAUUAAAUUAGCCUAAUAAGAAAUCAUUUAUCAUUUUAAAUAAUCUUUUUCCACAGAAAGCUAAUAAUUUGGUUGUCCAAAAAUAAUAAAUUUAUGUUUUUAUAAAACAAAAUUAUUAUUUUUGAUAAAAUACAGAUAGUAUUUCUUAGGUUUUAUGUCAAGAAAAGAAUAUUAAACCAUUAUCUGCCAUACAAGCGUAUUUAUCAAAGGGUUGUUUGCGAUUCUGUGUCGAUCGCGUGGGUUUGAAAGAUUGGUCACCAAUACUUAAAAGUAUAGCUCAAAAUCGAAAUCUGAUGAAAAUUGAUAUCUACAGUCGCAGCCAAUGCAAACGAGUACGUGAGAAAGUGAAUACGGAAGAGAAACUUGAAAAAUUAUGGUAAUUAAUGUAACUAAAAAUAUCUGAAAAUUCAAUUGAAUUUUUAUCUGACAGAUUUUUAUAAUGAUAUUUAUAAAACUGACAUUAUAUAAAGACAGAAAAAUUGUUGAAAAAUUAAAAAUUGUCUUAAAAACCCAAAUAUUUUUUGAAACUUAAAUUGAAAUACUUGUUAAAAGAAGUGAUUUUGAUUUUGUUGCAUUCCCAAGCUUAAACUUCCAAGUUUUGCCUUAAUCCUUAACUUUUUUGUGCAGUUGUUCUUAAUUUUUUCAAUUUUAAAUUCUUGUUGUUUCUUUUCUCAAUUUCUUGAAAUUUAUUAUUUAAUUCUUGUAUAAUUAAAAUACUAAACACAAGAAAUUAUCUCAAUAUAAUAUGAUUAGAAAUUUCGGAAUCGGAAAUAUAGAAUCCGCAUGAAUUUUUUUCCUUGAACUUAAAAAAAAAAAUAUAUUAAAGAUGAAUUAAUGCUCAUUAGCACCAUUUUUAAUAUUUUCCUUGCGGAUACUACUCCCAGAAAGUUUAAGCUUGCAGGUCGCAUCUCUUGGAAGAAAAUGGAAAGGGAGAGAGAAAGAGGGAGAGAGGGAGAUUGAAAUGAUGAGGAGCGAUUUGGAGGAAUAUAUCGAGCGGAAAGGAUUGCAUGAAUUAGAGGAAGAGACAGGAGGAUGGAACGAUAACGAAAGGAAAGGCCCGAAUGUCCCAAAUAAUAGACUGUCACACUUGACAGAGAAAAUUAAAAAAGAAAAGCAGAAAGAAUGUAAAAACCCUAGACCGGCAUUUGAUGUCACGUCCAGGCGAUGCAAGGCAAAGAAUCAAGUAAGGCCAAUCAUCUACACGAAUUUUCUGUUGCGCUGUCUCAUCGAUUCCAUCGCCGUUUGCUUGAGAGAUUCACCAGCCAUAACCUCUAUCACUAUUGAUGGAAUUCCUCUGACGCUGAAGUACCUGAAUAUCCUGUGUUCCGGUUUGAAGACCAAUGAAAAGCUGAUAAGUUUAUCUCUGAAAAAAUGUUACAUAGGAGACAUUGGCUGUGACCUGUUAUUGAACUGCUUGAAAAACAAUCCAAAGCUCUCUGUCUUAAAUUUGUCAUCUUGUAAACUAUCAAGUAGAAGUGCUAUGAGUCUAUCAUUGUUCUUAAAAAGGAGAAAGGCUGAUCUGUUACAAAAUAUUUGGGAGCAAUCUUCCGAAGAAGAUACUGAAAAAUUACAAGGAUUGCAGACAUUGAUUCUAAAUCAGAAUCCAAAAAUUGAAGAUACUGGUCUAAAACAGAUAAUUUAUGCAUUAAAAAAUGAUGUCUGGUUGAAAACAUUAAGUUUGAAACGCUGUGGGAUCAGUAAAUUGGGAGCAGAAAUGAUCAUUCAAUUAUUGCAAUCAAAUAAUAAAAUUAUGAGGCUAGAUUUAACUAAAAAUCAUAUACCUAUUAAUACUCUUCAAAUAAUGUUGGGCAUAUUGAAGAAAAGACAAGAAAUAGCUGAAAAAACUGUAUUGAAUAAACAAUUCUGUUUAAAUUGGAGAAAAAAUAUAAAUAAUGAAAUUGUUAAAUUUACAAAAAGACAUAGAAAACAUUCGCAAAAUCGAACAGAACGGCCUAGGAAAUCUUCAUUACAAAAACAUUAUUGGAAAAAGACUCAAAGAUUUGAGAGAUUUAUUCGAGAAAAAGAGAUAAAAGGAAUUACAAAAGAAGAUUAUUAUAGAAGAAAGAAAAUUAAUGAUUUGGAAUUACAAUUAUUAAAUUUAAUUGAGUCUAAUUCUAAAUUAAAAGAGGAACUUUCGAGCAAUAAAGCGUUAUUGAAUUCAGAAGUACAGCAAAGAUCGAAAAUAGAGAAUGAGUUGCAAAGAAUAUCGUUUCGAUUAAAUGAUCUAAAAAGUAAAGUUUUUAUGCUAAAUUGUAUUUCCUCUAAAGCAUGUAAUGAAAGUCAAUUAUUGACGGGUUUUAAAUAUAUUUUCGAAAAAUUGGAAUCAUUUUCGAUGUUAAAACAAAAUGUAUCUGUAAACGAGGAAGUUGAUUUAGAAACUGUAGAACCAUUGUGGUCGUCACCGUUAGCAGAACAAAUGGAAAACUGUGUUUUGAAUUGCUCGCAGCGAAAACCUUAUUUUAUUUCCCAUUGAAAAUAUAAUACUGUGAAUUUUAUUUAAUAAUUUUUCUAGAUGUAUAAUGUAAAUAAGAUACGAAUUUUAUACUGAUGUAUAAAAUUUUAUACUGA